UAAAUGAUUGUUUACAGUUUUGAUUGCGCGUGACUGUUUUUUUUUUAAUUAAUCAGAGAUAUGAAAUACAGCAAAAUAAUGAUGGGUUGUUCAGGAAAAUCUUUGUAUUUUACAGGAUUUAGAGGAUUCUGUGAUCAUGAACAGCAGAGGACUUGCACAGGAUCCCACCAGUAAAUCUUAACUGUUGUUGUAUUUGUUCUCUUCCAUCCACGAUGGAUCCUUCAAAUAUCUUUGGUAGACCACAAAGUGCCUUUCAGGCACAGAGCAACACAGCUCAGACUGGAAACCCAUUUCAAUCCUUUGCCCAACAGAACACAAUGCAGGGUGUUGGCUUUGGACAGCCAUCUGCUUUUAGUCAGCCCGCUUUUGGCCAGCUGACGGGACAGUCUUCUGUUUUUGGCCAGACUCCCGCUUUUGGCCAGACACCUGCCUUCGGUCAGAGCAGUGGGUUAUCUCAAGGAUUGGGGCAGUCGCCAUCGUUCUCCUCUUUGGGAUCCACCCUGGCCUUUGGGCAGUCAAGUUUGGGUCAAGGGACACUGGGUUUUGGAGGACCGCCGCCUUCAUAUGCUCAAUCUACAGGGCAAACUGCGGUGCCAGCAUUUGGUCAGGGCUCUGCUUUCGGACAACCAACUGAAUUUGGUCUUUCCUCCGGUGUUUCCCAGACUUCGAGCAGCUUCAGCAGCACUGCUACCAUCCAGCCCAGUUUUGGUCAGCUUUCUGCCCUCACAGCAACAUCAAGCUCCUUGGUUGGGGGCAGAACUGAAAAUCCCACUGGUGGCAGUGGUAGACCGUUUAGUUUCAAGCCAUCUAAUGAAGCUGUUUUCAAACCUAUUUUCAGUGUAAGCCCAGAACCUCCUAGCUCAAAGCCCUCUUCUGCUCCAGAACCUUUUGUGACAUCCAAGGCUGUCACUAAAAGCAUGGACAGCAAUCCCUCUGGUGGGUCGCUCUUCUCAUGCCUAAAGCAAAGCACUGUGGGCUUCAGCUUCUCUCAGCCAGUAGCAGCUGCCUCUGUGUCACUUUCCAGUGGUCAUAUUUCACAGAAUGAGACACUUGGUGGUGGCACCAGCAUUCAGUUCACCUUCUCUCAACCUGCCAACCCCUCCAGCAGCAGUACACCUGUUUCUCAGCCCACCACUCCCUCCUCCUUCAGCUUUACCACAAAGACCCUUCAGCCUCGAGCAGAGACCAAAGUGUCUGCGUUUGGUGGAACUGCCAUUGGAUCUUUUGGAUUUGGGGCCUCAAAAUCUGAAGCCACACAAAGAUCAGAGGAGAGAGAGGGUGAUGGGCAGAACAGUGGAGGAGAAACAGUUUUUGGGAAUUUUGGUGUAAAGCGUAAGGAGGAGCUGAUAGAUCCAGAUGCUACACAAGGAAAAACUGCAAAAAGUGAGAGUGCUGAGAUUGAAGCUGACAGCCCAAGGCAACCAGCCAAACGUCCGCUGCCAAGAAGCCGAGGACCUGCUGGAGGGCUGUUCCGUAAUGCAUUGUCAGAUCUAAUGAAAUCCAAAGUCAGCCCAGUCAGGAGAGAAGAUCAUCCACCAGACAGACCAGAUCCUCCUGGUCCGGUUAGCGAUGUACCCCUUGUACCUUCUAGAAUUCAUGUUCCUGCAGUUUUGAAAAAAGCAGAGGAAAUUUCACCUGAGGCUAAAUCUCAGACACACUCUCCAGGCAGACGUGCCAGUCGCAAGGAGAGCACAGACAGUUUGGCCGGUCUAUCCCCCACUGAUGCCACUGUCAUCCAGUGUAAGGGGAUACCACCAAACCUCAACAGGAAGGACCUCAUAACAAAGCAUUUUGGCCACUUUGGAAAAGUGCUGAAAGUGUUUUGCCGACCUCAGAAAAGCCUUGCCAUUGUCCAUUUCCAAGAUCAUGCAUCUGCAGCCAAAGCUAAAAAGAAAGGAAAGCUGUUCCAGAGGAAUGAAAUUCAAAUAUUUUGGCAAAGAAAAAAACAAAGUCCCGGUGAAAAGGCCACAAGACCUACAGAGUUCAAAGACGUGAGUGGGGAGACAGAGUCUGGGGCUAGAUUUUUGCAGUCCUCCCCUAAUCGCAAGGCUCUACCCAAAUUAGUAACCAUCAGCAACACUUGCUCCCUCGUUAAAGGCUCUCCAGCUAAAAAAUCCACUGUUGCUAAAACUCUUCAGUUUGACAGUGAGUCACAACUAGAUUUGAUUUCAGAGGAGCAGAGUGUAGACCGUUCCGUUAGCAACCUGCCUUCAGUACUUCAGCCUCUUAUUGGUCAGGUGGCUGAAACAGCUGAGGAAAGGUACCGCCUCCUAGAGCAAAGAGACAAGCUCUUACGGCAAGCUCGGCCGAAAAGAACAGACCUUGAUAUGUCAAAAGUCUUUGUGGGAACAUGCCCUGAUAUGUGCCCGGAGAAAGAACGGUACAUGAGAGAAACACGUAACCAGCUGAGCGUCUUUGAGAUUGUUCCCGAUACAGAGAAGGUGGACCAUUUUGCUGCCAUCAAAGAGUAUAGCAGGUCAUCGGCUGAUCAGGAAGAACCUCUUCCUCAUGAACUCAGACCACUUCCUGUGCUAAGCAUGACUAUGGACUACCUGGUGACUCAGAUUAUGGACCAGGGUGAGGGCAAUUACCGUGACUGGUAUGACUUUGUCUGGAACAGAACCAGAGGAAUUCGGAAGGACAUUACCCAGCAGCAUUUAUGUGAUCCAAUAACGGUAUCACUCAUCGAGAAAUGUACCCGUUUCCACAUUCACUGCGCCCAUCACCUGUGCCAGGAACCCAUGAUGUCUUUCGAUACCAAGAUCAACAAUGAGAAUAUGACAAAAUGCCUGCAGAGUCUGAAGGAGAUGUAUCAAGACCUAGCCACCAAAGAGGUGUACUGCCCCAAUGAGGCGGAGUUUCGACAGUACAACGUUUUGCUUAAGCUUAAUGAUGGAGAUAUUCUUCGUGAGGUGCAGCAGUUUCGUAAAGAGGUACGAGAGUCUCCAGAGGUGGACUUUGCUGUGCAGGCCUUUGCAGCACUCAACAGUAAUAACUUUGUUCGGUUCUUCAAAUUGGUGAAUGCAGCUUCCUAUUUGAACAGCUGCAUACUUCACAGAUAUUUCAAUCAGGUGAGAAGCAAGGCUCUGAAAAUCCUCAAUGUGGCCUUUACUGUUGGGUCACAGAGAUCCACCAUUUUCCCAGUUGAGGAUUUUGUAAGAAUGCUCAUGUUCCGGAGUGCCACUGAAGCUACAGACUUCAUUCAGCAAUACGGCCUUAGUAUCAGUGAUGGCAUGGUAGAGCUAAGUCGGACAGCCUAUCAGGAGCCAGAUUUCUCCCUGCCGCAGAAGAAGUCAGUGGCCAUCGAGAGGAAGAGAACCGUGCUGAUUGGGGAGGUGGUGAAUGGUGGACCGCUGCCCAACCCACCCCAUCACACCCCCGUUUGCAGCUUUGACUCCAACAACAAGUACACUGGAGACGGUCUCUCCCUAGAGCCUCCACCAGCUGCCCCAAAGGCUUACUCACAGAGGCAAGAGUUGAAGCCUGUAAUGGAGCCUGACUCUAGGCCUUUGGUGAAAACCAGGCUGCUGGCUGAACCACGGCUGUUUGUUGUGCCCACUUCCGUGGCAGAGCCUGUGAAACCCACAGACACGGAGGAAAUGGGAGAGAAGUCUGAUACAGCAGAAUCCACUCUGCCUGUGGUGCCUCAGAUGCUCUUCCAACCCAUAGCGCCCCCACAGCCAGCUCGACCCCAGUCACCUCUGCCCAAACCAGAACCAGUCUACACAGAUCAGGAUAUCAUGGCAGAGGUAGAGAGAGUAAUGAAUGAGGUAGUUGAGGCUGAAGUCUCUGAUGUCACCCGUGCAGCUGCUGAAUACGUGUCUGCAGCCCUCAGUGUGAGUGACAGUGAGCUGGAAACAGUUGUGAGUGAAGUCUUGCAGCAGAUGUUGAGGGAAGUGUCCACCUCAGAGAUCAAAGCUGAGAAGGAGAGAAUCACUGAGGAGAAACGCAAGAUUGAAGAAGCCAGGCGGAGAGAAGCCUUCCUUGAGCAGUUCAGUGGUGAGCUGUGUGCAAAAAUCACUGAAGAGGUGCUAACAGAGAGCAUCAGAGAAACCGCAGAAGAUGAUAUCAGGCUUGCGUUAGAGGAGAAAGCUGCUUUUAUUGCGCGCUGCUCAGAGGAGGAGUGUACCAGUAUAAUAGAGGAGACUCUAGCUGAGGAAGUGUCUAUGAUGGCACAAGAAAUCCUGGACAAUGAGUUGAGAUGCAUCCACAAAUUCAUCAAGAGGUGGCGUGACGUGGUAGCCGUGCGUCGUCAGCUGAAGAGACAGAUGCGUGGUUUCCCCGCUGCUCCAGGCUGUGUUGAUCCACGGUUCAAAUUAAAGGCCCUUGUCCCCAGUGCCCCCUCCACCCCCUCUCUGGACCUCCUGGCUCAGGGGAUGGUUAACCUGGGCAACUCAGGGAACAUGGCAGUGUCCUGCACAAGAUUGCUGCAACUGAGACAGGAAACGGUUCAUCAAAUGAAAGUGUCCUACUACUUCGAUUUCUUACUGAGUGAACGUGUAUGGAGACCUCUUGACCUGCCUGCACUUGUGGCGGAAAGCACUCCUAAUCCACCUGACAGAAUGUUCUGGAAAGCCACUCUUUUGUUGCCAAGCAACUACGAUAGUGAAAUAAGCUUUGCCAGCAGCAUUCUGACAGAAUGGCUUGAGGUGAAAUUGGGUGGAGGAAAUACAACUGAAGAGUGUGAGAAAGAACCAAAAGGACAACUUCAAACACUGUGCAUCAGUCACAGUCUGACAAAUGUUAGGGGAAAGACUCACAAAGUGCACAUCGCUAUAAAGGCAAGUCAUGGGCCCCUUAGCACAGAAGAGCAGUGUCUGCUGGAGGAACAGAAGGAGCUCCGUGGUACCAAUGCUCUGCUGAUGCUACUGCCCCCUAUAGCAAGUGCCGGAGAGGGGCAAAAGGAGGAUGUGGCCCUUCUAUCUGCCCUCCUCCAGCUGAGGCAGGUGCAGCAGGCCAGCUGCUGGCACUCUCCUGUACCCCUGGUUGUGGUGGUGCCUAGCAAAGAUGAGGGUGAUACCAGUGAUCAGGGUUUGGAGGAAGCACUCAUGUUGAAUACAUUGGUCAAAGAUGGUCUCAUCUCUGAAUACAUCUUUAUUCAUAUACCAGCAACCCUCACUGACCUGCAGGGCUCAGAGCAGAUGAGUCAUGUGGUGAGGUGGCUUGCUGCCCGCUCUCCCGUCGGCCCAGACCUCACCUCUCAGACCCUGCUGCAGGUUGUUGAGUUAGGCCUGUGCCGUGAGUUCCACUCGAGACUCCAGCGAGACAAGCAGGAGAGGAAACAUGCCGAUCUUCCUUCUCAGCGCCCAGAGCCUAUCUUGCAACUCUGUAACAGUGUGCUGAGUUUCCUGGCAGGUGUGGUCUCAUCUGAGUACCUGUCCGGUCUCUGCUGGCCACCACCAGAAUUCUGUCUCCCUGAAAACAUGGAGCUGAUUCCUCAUCAGGCUUGGAACUCUCCAGAACACCUGGACUGGCUGAGGAGGGCCAUUCUCAGCCGGCAGCUUCCUGAGUGGGAUCUGCCUCCCAUUAGUGCCACAUGGCCACAUUUAUGUGCCUCUAUAUUCAAGUAUGUAUCCCAGAUCCCCAGCUCUCCCGUAAGCCAACCCAUUCUAAUGUCCCGCCUGGAGAACCUGCUUCGAAGAGUCAACUUACAAUAUUGGCAUGAGAACUAUGCAGAUGAGAAUGACUUUGAGAAGAGUGGACCAUCCUUUGAUGAUAUUCCUUGGGAUGAGGUCAUAUGUCUAUGUGUGGAGCAUCGUAUGAAGGACUGGAGUUUAGAUCCUCUUGUGGCAGAAGAUGCCCUCACAGAUGAUGGUGAGAUUCUCGUGUACUUCAACAAAGACAGCCUGAAGGGUUUCCAGCCCCCUGACAUUUGGAUAGAGGCUGUGAAACAGACAUACCAGGAGAAACAACAGGCAGCAGAAGUGUCUAAAGUCAGGCCGCCCCCCAUUGCACCCAGACGUCUCCCCAAGCAGAAGCUGUUCCAGAGCCAGUUGGAGGAACAGUCUGUUCCAGACACUGAACACAUUCCCAUAGAGCAGCGAUUUGAACACAUUCUCUCUUCCAUUCGCGAGAUGAACACUGAGGGCCAGAGUACUAGAGACCAAAUGCAGCAUCGGAUUGAAGCCGAUCCUUUGGACUCUUUUCCUUUUGCCCUGCCCUCCACUGUCCUCUCUACAUCUCUGGUCACGACCUCCUCCCGUAAACGCUCUGCUGCUGGCACCGUCCACAUACAGGAAAUGGAAACAAGUGACCCUGUUGGGAAGAUAUCAUCACCUUGCAAAAAGAACAAACCCUUUGCUCCAGACAGCACACACACUCCCUUAAUGGAGCGACUGCAACGUACUCUCUCUACUGUUCAUGAGAUGAACGCUGAGGGCCAGAGGAUUGGAGAGCAGAUUCAGCGUCGGAUUGAAGCAGACCCUCUGUACUCUGCCUCUUUUCCUCUUUUCCUACCCUCUACCCUCCUCUCUACACCUCUGGCGAUGACCCCGACUUGCAAGCGCCCUGCUGUUGCUACCUUCCACAGACAGGAAAUGGAAUCAGAUGACCCAGUUGAGAAGAUGGCAUCUCCUUGUGCAAAAAGCAGACCAGUAUCUUUAUUACAGCGUCUGCAGGACUUGAAAAGAGAGCUGUCCAGUCAACAAGAGGAGGAGCGUGUGUGUGGUCUCAAACUGAAGUGUCUUGUAGACAUUGUGGAGGACUGAAGGUGGCGUUUCUGUUUUUCAGCAAAUGCUGAAUGCCACACUACCUCCUAAUUUGACAGAAAAAGUAUUUUAUUGGCCUGCUCUUGAUCAUUAUUGAUCUGCAGUUUUAUUUUGCUUUGUAAUAUUUUUGACUAUUAAAAGAGUUUGCUAAAUAAGUCAUGUGCCGCCUCCAUUCAGUUCAUUUUAAUUUCAAUAGAAUUAGAAUGUACGAGUUAGAAUUUGUGCAUUUGUCUUUAGACACCUGAAAAAAACACCUAAAUAACAAUUGAGUGUGAUGUGUUAAUUCAAAUAUAUCUCUGCUGUGUUUAAUAUACAAU